CGGAGAGCAGGGACGCGGAGCGCGCUGUCGGGCGGGGGCGAGGUUCGGGCCGGUUGUGCCGUUGCGAGGUUGCCUGUGAGGUCGGUGCGGUAGGCCUAGGUGUAAUUAAAAAGUGAACCUUUCUUCAGAGAUGUCAAAAACAAACAAAUCAAAGUCUGGGUCUCGCUCUUCUCGCUCAAGAUCGGCAUCAAGAUCUCGUUCUCGUUCAUUUUCGAAAUCACGAUCCAGAAGUCGAUCUGUCUCUCGAUCAAGAAAGCGCAGGCUGAGUUCUAGGUCUCGUUCCAGAUCAUAUUCUCCAGCUCAUAACAGAGAAAGGAAUCACCCCAGAGUAUAUCAGAAUCGAGAUUUCCGAGGUCACAACAGAGGCUAUCGGAGGCCCUAUUAUUUCCGAGGGCGCAACAGAGGCUUCUAUCCAUGGGGCCAGUAUAAUCGUGGAGGCUAUGGAAACUACCGAUCUAAUUGGCAGAACUAUCGGCAAGCGUAUAGUCCUCGUCGGGGCCGGUCUCGAUCCCGGUCCCCAAAGAGAAGGUCUCCUUCACCGAGGUCCAGGAGCCAUUCUAGAAACUCGGAUAAGUCAUCUUCUGACAGGUCAAGGCGCUCCUCAUCCUCUCGUUCUUCCUCCAACCACAGCCGAGUUGAAUCUUCUAAGCAGGCUGUUCCUCAGAAAUUACUAGAAAGUAACCAAAUAGAAAGUCAUGGUCAUGAUAGAGUUUAUAAGACAUGUUUGCUUAGAGAGUUACAACAAAAAAAUCAAAGUGUAGGAACAGGUAUCAUUGAAGAGCAGGUUGCUCAAGAGAUCUCUUGUUUGUCUCCCUUUUUUUGUUCUCCUAGGUAUCUAGAAGACCAGAAGACAGAGAAUGGGAAAGAUAAGGAGCAGAAACCGACAAAUUCUGAUAAAGAAAAAGUGAAGGAGAAAGGGAGCUUCUCUGAUGUGGAUGCAAAAGUGAAAUCGGAUUCAUUUGCUUCCAAGACUGACAGUGAGAAGCCCUUUAGGAGCAGUCAGUCGCCCAAAAGGUAUAAGCUCCGUGAUGACUUUGAGAAGAAGAUGGCAGAUUUCCACAAGGAGGAGAUGGAUGAUCAAGAUAAGGACAAAACUAAGGGAAGGAAGGAAUCUGAGUUUGAUGAUGAACCCAAAUUCAUGUCGAAAGUCAUAGCUGGUGCAAGUAAAAACCAGGAGGAUGAGAAGUCGGGCAAAUGGGAGGGCCUGAUGUAUGCAGGGAAGGAAAAGCAGAGGAAAGCAGAGGAGUUGGAAGAGGAGUCUUUCACAGAGAGAUCCAAAAAGGAAGAGCGAGGAGGAGCCAAGAGGAGUGAAAGUGGGCACCGGGGGUUUGUGCCUGAGAAGAAUUUCCGAGUGACUGCAUAUAAGGCAGUGCAAGAGAAAAGCUCAUCACCUCCCCCAAGGAAGACCUCUGAGAGCCGUGAGAAGCUGGGAGCCAAAGGAGACUUUUCCUCGGGAAAGUCUUCAUUUUCCAUUACUCGAGAGGCCCAGGUCAAUGUACGCAUGGAUUCAUUCGAUGAGGACCUUGCACGACCCAGUGGUUUGUUGGCUCAGGAACGCAAGCUUUGUCGGGAUCUGGUUCAUAGCAACAAAAAGGAGCAGGAGUUUCGUUCCAUUUUCCAGCACAUUCAGUCAGCUCAGUCUCAGCGUAGCCCUUCAGAAUUGUUUGCUCAGCAUAUAGUGACCAUUGUUCACCAUGUUAAAGAGCAUCACUUUGGAUCCUCUGGAAUGACAUUGCAUGAACGUUUUACUAAAUACCUAAAGAGAGGAGCUGAACAGGAGGCAGCUAAAAACAAGAAAAGCCCAGAAAUACACAGGAGGAUAGACAUUUCCCCCAGUACAUUCAGAAAACAUGGUUUGGCUCAUGAUGAAAUGAAAAGUCCUCGGGAACCUGGCUACAAGGCUGAGGGAAAAUACAAAGAUGAUCCUGUUGACCUUCGUCUUGAUAUUGAACGUCGUAAAAAACAUAAGGAGAGAGAUCUUAAACGAGGUAAAUCAAGAGAAUCAGUGGAUUCCCGAGACUCAAGCCAUUCAAGGGAAAGGUCAACUGAGAAAACAGAGAAAACACAUAAAGGAUCAAAGAAGCAGAAGAAGCAUCGGAGGACACGAGAUCGCUCCAGGUCCUCCUCCUCCUCCUCCUCCCAGUCAUCUCACUCCUACAAAGUGGAGGAAUUUCGAGCCAGAGGGAGAGGCUGGGGCAGAGGCAACUAUUCUGGUAACAAUAACAACAACAGUAACAAUGAUUUUCAAAAGAGAAACCGGGAAGAGGAAUGGGAUCCAGAGUAUACACCCAAAAGCAAGAAGUAUUACUUGCAUGAUGACCGAGAAGGUGAAGGCAGUGAUAAGUGGGUGAGCCGAGGCCGGGGCCGAGGAGCCUUUCCCCGGGGUCGGGCUAAAAGCUUUUCGAGCCAAGAUGGUGGGCCUGCCUAG